CAAAAUUUUAAAAAAAUCAAAAUAUAUCAAAAAAAAAAAAAAAAGUGUGCAGCCCACGGAACAGAGUAGUACAAAAGACAAACCCUAACUGCGUUCUUUCUCCACAAUAAUACGGCAACCUCUUCUUGGUCGCCGUCGUAUUCUCCACCGUACUCAUCUUCAUCGCCGCAUCAGUACUUUGGUUAAAGAUUUUUGUCAAUCUCAACCAUGGCAACUAGACUUCAGUUUGAGAAUAAUUGUGAUAUUGGAGUGUUCUCUAAACUUACCAAUGCCUAUUGUAUGGUUGCCAUUGGAGGUUCUGAAAGCUUCUACAGUGUUUUUGAAUCCGAGUUAUCUGGUGUUAUCCCUGUGGUGAAGACAUCCAUUGCUGGCACUCGUAUUGUUGGCCGUCUUUGUGCUGGAAACAAGAACGGACUUCUCUUGCCCCAUACCACCACAGACCAAGAACUUCAACAUUUGAGAAACAGUCUACCUGAUCAAGUUGUUGUUCAGAGGAUAGAAGAAAAAUUAUCUGCUUUGGGAAAUUGUAUUGCAUGUAAUGACCACGUGGCCCUCACUCACACUGAUCUUGACAGGGAAACUGAAGAGAUAAUUGCCGAUGUUCUUGGAGUAGAAGUUUUCAGGCAGACCAUUGCUGGUAAUAUUCUUGUUGGGAGUUUCUGUUCCCUUUCCAAUAGAGGUGGUUUGGUCCAUCCUCACACUUCCAUAGAAGAUUUGGAUGAACUUUCUACGCUUCUUCAAGUUCCUUUGGUCGCCGGAACUGUGAACCGAGGUAGUGAAGUGAUAGCUGCUGGAAUGAUAGUUAAUGAUUGGACAGCAUUUUGUGGUUCAGACACCACAGCAACAGAGCUCUCUGUAAUUGAGAGUGUUUUCAAGCUGAGAGACUCGCAGCCUAGUGUCAUAGUGGAUGAGAUGAGAAAAUCACUCAUUGAUAGCUAUGUCUGAAAGAUGCUAAUAUAGUAAUGACUUGGUAAGAUGUUGAGUUUUUGUUAUAGUUUGUCUAAUGCAAUUAUGAGAUGAGGAAAUCACUCAUUGAUGAUAGCUAAGUCUGAAAAUUGGUAAUAGUAAUGACUUUUGGUAAGCUGUUUUUUAAAUUUUGGUUAUAGUUUUGUCAUGUAAUGUGAACAUGUAUGUUCAAAAAAAGGUUGGUUGUACUUUUCCUUGUUUAUUGUAUCACUUAUUGAUUGUUGGGAUCUAUAAAUCCAAGGCAUAUUUGUUUUAA